AUGUCAAAGACUCUUAUGCAUGCUACAUGUAUCCUUGAGAAGCAUGAGGUAAGUGCUAAGGUAGAACAGAAGGUAUUAAGAGGUAUGAUUAGUUCUCUUUUGUACUUGACCGCUUUUAGACCUGACAUUUUGUUUAGUGUCUGUUUGUAUGCUCGCUUCCAAUCAGAUCCUAGGGAGUCCAACUUAACAACUAUUAAGAGGAUCUUCAGGCAUCUGAAAGGUACGAUUAACACUGGCUUGUGUUAUAGAAGAUCUAAAGACUACAAGCUAAUGGGUUAUUGUGAUGCUGAUUAUGCUGGACAUAGACUUGAGAGAAAAAACACUUCUGGCAACUAUCAUUUUCUAGGAGAUAAUGUGAUCUCAUGGUCCAAUAAAAAGCAAUCAACAAUAGCACUUUCAACUGUUGAAGCUGAAUACAUUGUAACCUCUGGAUGCAACACUUAA